CUCUCUCUCUCUCUCUCUCUCUCUCUCUCUCUCUCUCUCUCUCUCUCUCUCUCUCUCUCUCUCUUGCUAUCUCCAUCCUCACAUCUUCGAGAAGUCGGGACAAGCCAGCACAAGCAACCCCUCGUCUUAUUAUACCUUACCGACGCCGGCUCAGUGCCCAGGUCACAGUCAUCCGUAUCCGCGAUCAUGUGUGCGACUCUCAAAUAUGCCGCCUUAUACGGCUUCGUCGUCUCGCUACCUCUGGCACUAGCCUCCCCGAUCCUGGCGACGGCCAUAAUAAAUCGCCAGGAUGCAGCAGUCUCCGCGAAUGACUGGGAUCCGAUACUGAUCGGAGAAAAGAAUGCGCAGUGCAGCGACCUGGCCGUGAUCUUCGCCCGAGGGACCUUUGAUAAAGGAAAUCUUGGACCCUGGGUAGGCGGGCCGUUCCGCGACGCCCUGCUUAAAAAAUCGUCAGAUGUCAAGAUAGCGGUUCAAGGCGUUAGUCCUGAUGAUUACCCGGCCGAUCUAGCUGGCUACACCGAGGAAGGAGGAUCGGAUAGUUGUGCCAGGGGGCUCGGCACCGCUGUGCAGACAUACGCGUCGCGAUGUCCGGACUCCAAGAUCGCCAUCUGGGGUUGGAGUCAAGGUGCUCUAUGCGCCCAUAAGGCCUUCGGCGAACUUGGCGACGCAGCCAGCAAUGUCAUCGCCCUGGGAGUCUUCGGUGACCCGAUCAGCGCCUGGCGGGAUACCGUCGACUACCCGGCUAUACCCAAGGGCACGGCGCUGCUCUCAUACUGCGAGACGUUGACGCCGGACCCCCUCUGCACCAACCCGGCAGAGGACUUCCCCCGGGGACCCGUCGCAUUCAUCGAGAGGCUCAAGGCCAUCUGGAGGGAAGUUGACGCCGUGGGAAUGAACGCGGCCCAGAAGAAGGCGCUCGCGGGCCUCCUCAUCGAGCUCCCGAGCCAGGCGAUGCGACAACUCGACAACCUCGCGACCGAUAUUCUCAACGGCCAUAUCCGGCGCUGGAUGCUGACGCCGCAGCACUUCUGGUACGGCAUCGACGGCAAGGUCGAGACGGCCGCCGAUGAUCUCCUUAGUCUAUAUAGGGGUCAGCGGUGAUGUCAGCGGUUCUGCUUGGAAGGGCGUGACCACAUGUUAAACGUUUAUCAAUUACUAUUUUAGAUUUGUAUCAUUUUAGAAGAAGAUAGGAGUUGGGGAUAUAAAGGCCUAUGAGAAAUGGGAAUAGUUAGGUUUUCGAUUUG